AAUAUUCAUCAGCCGCCGUGGAGCCGUGUGAUGCGUGCACCCUGUAUAUAGGGGCCGUGUGAUGCCUCCAGUCUGUGCCAAAGUCUCCACCACCAGCAGCAGCAGCAGCAUGAGCUUCUCUUGAAACGAAGAGGAAAGAAAGAAACAACACGCCGGGGCUGUCUCUCUUUCUCUCGUCCGUUAUUCUCGACAGACCCAGCCAGGCCGCGCGUGCAGGAGACCCAAUGCGUGCCAGCUCGCAGCCGACGACGAUGCUGACGAUGAUCCUGCUGCCGAUGAUGGCGAUGGUGAUGCCGGUGCCACUCCACGCCACGACGUCGCCCGCUGGCUCGCCGAGUGCGAUACGGGGCGUCGCACUCGGCCACCGCAACUGCCGCGUCAGCUGCCACGACUCCCUCGGUCGGGCUGCGAGACCCGUGGAGCCGUUGGCGGUGCUGAUCUGCUCCAUCGAGUGCCGGGAUGAGGAACGAGGGGUGGUGCCGGCCGAUGCGAACGCCGCGGGGACACCGAGGGACGCCGACUCGGCACCCGGGACGGAACGAGGGUGGUGCGGCCUCUGCCUGCCACUGGCGCAGAGCGCUGUGCGCGGGGCGCGCGGCUUCUCCCAGGAGCAGGACGAGGCUGAGGAGGAGGAGGCUGAGGAGGAGGAGGCUGAGGCCCCACGCGACCUCGGCGCUUCCGUCUUCGGAGACGCGAAGGCGACCGCCGUGGGAAGUUCGCUCCGGGACGCCAGGCUUUGGGAGUCCGGCGCGGACGGACUCCGGCCCAAGCGCUACGGCGGGUUCAUGGAGCGGAUGAGGGGAAGGCGGCUGCUGGUGCCGCAAGGCGAAUCGUCGCCUGGCCAGUGGCAGCAGCAGCUGCAGCAGCUGCAGCAGCAGCACGGCUUGCGCAAGCGCUACGGCGGAUUCAUGAGGAGGGUCGGUCGGCCGUGGCCAGAGGCCGAGCUCAAGACGAACGAGGGCUUCAUGCGCCGACUCUUCGGCGUGUCCAUCCGUUCGGAUGACGGACAGUCGAGGGAUUAUGGGGGGGCCGCUGUAGCCGUGACCCCCUAAGUAUUCAAGCCGCAUGACACCCGCCCCCCAUUCCUUGCAUCGCACCUGCUAAUCAGCGGUUCCCGUUCAUUCCUCUCCGCAUUCUGCUUUAUGAGGUUCUAAAUGCAACCUCCCCCCCUGCCCCGCCUACCAUCAACUGCUUCUUGUGUUUGGCCGAGUACGCAACGAAUCGCUCUCGAAACCGCGCAACUUAAUACGUCAUCGCCUUUGCAACUGCUUUGUCCACGUCCGAGCGAGCAGCUGCGCCACGGGCUAAUUGAAACGGGGCAUUCGGGAUCUGCAAAACUUGCAGCUCGCGGUUCGCGGACGCGCAAGCGCGUGAUGCAGAUCACAUCGAUCGACGCUUGCGAUUUGGAGUCGGUAGCAAGCAACCGGUAGCAAGCAACCGGUUGCACAACUGCCCCGCAGAGACGGUCCGCGCGUAAGCCGAUUCGGUUGCAGGCAACGAAGUUGCUGCAACUUGAUGGCUCGGGUUUGGACACGGCUCAAGAGAGUCACGACGCGCACUCUCGACGCGCACGUAGCCCGAACGAGGAGGGCAACUGAUCCAGGGCGAUCCAUCCAUAGACACCCCGCCCCAUCUCUAAUAUCGUGCGAAUGGGAUGGUCCCAUACAUGAGAUCAGGGGUGGGGAACGUUUUUUCUGCCAAGGGCCAUUUGGAUAUUUAUAACAUCAUUCGCGGGCCAUACAAAAUUAUCAACUAAAAAAUUCGCCCGUUUAUAUUUGGUCAAACAUUUAAUUAACUCACCCCUAAUGCGAUGGCUGGAACUGCUUCUCUUUGGCGAGGCGUGUGAUGAUGUUAGCUGGUAUUGAUGUUGCUGCUACUCGCAACUGCUUUUCCAGGUUUGCUCCUAGAUUUAUUGAAUUUCGAGUCCCGCCUGCGGUUGCCUUGGCAGGGCCACACCAAAUGAUUUUGCGGGCUUUAUACGGCCCGCGGGCCGGACGUUCCCCACCCCUGAAUUAGACGGAUAUCGUUGUUUUUUUAAACGAUGGAAUACCUCGAAUGUAUUUGAAAACUGGCGGUGGGACACAUCUACAGGGGUUGUGAAAUGACAACGUAGUUUUCCUCCCCGUAAUCUCGCUCUGUGAAUGUCAACGGGCUGGUCUAUGAACGAAUCACCCUUGGCGUCGGCUGGGCUCAAAGUCGUGAAACGCACGAGCUUGUUGAGAAGGCGUGCUUUAAAAGCCGAGUCACUCUAAUCGGUUCAUCACGCAAGCUUUCGCGACCAAUAUCAUCCGUAGAGAUUUGUUUGGGUUAGAUCGCGUAAAUUUAUAAAUGUGUCGUUAAACCCGCCACCACCCGACACAGACAGUAAGGGUUGUCACGUAAACAGAACGUGGCCAAUUCGUCACUAGUACAGCACCACCGGUGUGUUGGAGAGCAAAGCCACGACAAUUACAAAACGUCGUACACAGAUUGUAAAUGUUGUGGCUGUGUCGGGUGGUGGCGGGUUUUAACGACACAUUUAUAUAUUUACGCGAUCUAACCCAACCCGCCGCCCCCCCCCUCUAUUACGCACUCUAAUCAGUGUCCAAUACGCGUGUCGUACGUUAUGCAUGUUGAACUUCUUUCGCGCCGUACGUAGCCAACCGUGCUAAUCGGAGGUGCUGUUGUCCGGGCACGGGAGUAAGAGACGCAGCAAACCACCUUGAUGUCAGCGUGCGCCUUCACCUUCCCAUCGCCCGCAAGCUUUUGGAGAGGUUUUUUUUUGCGGUGGUGCGUGCCUCUGAUCCGGGGCGCUUGGACGCGAGGCUUCGUGCACAAGGUGGAGAUUCGUGAAGUAUUCCUGAACCUCCCCUGGAAUGCGUGGUGGUCGAGAGAUGGCAGUAGAGCUAAUGGAUUCGUGAAACCAUCUGUGCGAAUAUAUAUGUCUGCCCCCCCCCCCCCCAUCGUGCAUAGGCGCUUCGAUUUUCUUUAGGUAAACUCCAGUUUCAUCCCAGAUACAAAAAGUCAUAUGAAUAAAACAUUAACAAAAACAAAACAUUGGCCUCACUUAAAUCUAGCACCCUCCUGUAAAUUGCGAUACACUCGGCGUUGCUGAAUACACUUUGCUGGAUACACGUUGCUGAAUACACGUUACUGAUCAUUUUUAUUUAUGGAUUUCUCCAGACUCUCGAUCUCAAUCAGCACGCGAGCGAAGGGUUUUGGUUGCUGCCACCUGGGGUGGCAAAUGCGGCGAGUAUCCACCAUGAUCAGCAGUGGCGGACAAGCUCGUGCGUGGCCUGUAGCAUGAUGUUAUAAAGGGGCCCUAAAUAAAAAAAAAAUAUUAAAACACAAAUGUUUAACUUGCGUAGUAAAGUAAUUGUUUUUUUUUCACUUGCUAUACACAGACAGAUAAUACGACAAAUCGCUAACCUUAAACACACAGUCGUUCAUAAAAGUUGAAGGCAGCAUAGUACUAUAGUAAUAGAGCAAGUGCACAAUCACUGAACCGGAGUUGAUAGCUUGAAAGCAUUUAGCGCGGGGUCCUUGAAAGUGUGGGGCCCGUAGCUACUACAUAUGUAGCUACUUUUGCUACUAGGAUAAUCCGGCACUGAUGGUCAGUACCCACCACCACGAGCAGCUGGCAAUGUAGGUGUGCACACAUAUAUAUACACAGCAGUCUGUUACAUAGACAUGCGUAACAUUCAUUUUCACAUUGCAUGCAUAUUGCCGGUCACGUUGUUUUGCUUUUCCAUUUCGAGGUUCCCCGUGAAACAAAUUUCGGUGCAUCUGUAGGACCCAUUUUUUUCGCCAGUCUCAAAUAAAUAUUUUUCCACUGGCAAAAAAAUAAAUGGCCCAACAAAUUCAACAGCUUAACCCGAGCUGUUCAUGCUUUGGAGUUUGCACCGUCCCUGUACCGUUCGCUCCAUAGCCCCGUUGAGACAAAGCCAUGGAAAGAGGCGGUCUCGGUUGUAUGACAAUCAGUUUCAAGGCCAAUGCGUGUUUGUUUGCUAGUUUAAAUACUUCGUCUGUGCGAUUCACGGACACGAUGCCCUUCAAUGGGCGUCUAGUUGGCGUUAGAACGUCUUAACACCUCCCCGGUAUUCAUUGCCGGAAAGAGCGAAGCCUUUAAUUUUAUUCUACUCCGAUAACCGCCCUCUAACAAUACCUUUCUCGUAAUAAGCUACCGGGGUGAGGCUUGCCAUCAUCCACAUUUGUUAUCUAGAGAUACAAUGCCUCGAUAAGAUGGGUGGAAAGCAUGUGCCCAGCCGGUGUGCUACCGAUAAAACCACUGGACAGGCGGAUGUCCGAACGCAAGCAGCAAUAUAUUAAACCCGAGACAAAACCUCGCCACAAUGUUACCUGCGGAUGAAAAGUUCCCGAUUCUAAGAUCCGUAAUGACCCGUGCCACCCCACGCAUCACAGGAAAGGGACAUCGAUCAUUUCGGGGCGAUCGCGAGCCCAGAUGCGGCUUCGUCUCUCGCUCGCUCUUUGCACCUGCCGACGAAUCGCGAGCCCGACGUUCCAGGUUCAU